AUGUAUCCGAAACCGAUUCUCAGUUUGACCACUUGCCAAAUCAGACGCUACUGCGACGAGGACAUCGACUGCCUCAGCCGUGCAGCAAACAACCCACAAAUAGCCAAGUGGAUGCGAAACACUUUUCCUUCGCCUUACACAACCGAAGACGCCAAGAAAUGGAUAUCAGAACUCGCAUCGCCUUACGACUUUGCCAUUUGCACACCCGAUGGUUCGACUUUGGUGGGUAGCGUUGGUUUGAAGAAGCAAAGUGAUAUCUACUAUCGCACUAUGGAGAUCGGGUAUUGGCUGGGAGAGGAACACUGGGGAAAAGGCAUAGCAUCUGAGGUUGUCAAAGCCUUUGCGGAUUGGGCCUUCAAAGAGCAUGAGAGUCUACUACGGCUCGAGGCUGAGGUGUUGGAGGGCAAUUCAGGGAGCUGUCGGGUCUUGGAGAAGGCAGGGUUCAAGUUUGAGGGGAGGCAUGAGAUGGCAAUCGAGAAGAAUGGAAUUGUGAUGGCUGCUUUGACAUAUGGUAGAGUGAAGGACAGUAUAUAA